GCCUGAAGGACCGAAGGACCGAAGGACUGGAGAAUUAAUUACUGUAUGAGCCCUUCCUCCCUUCCACGUUGGUGGUCCAAUUGAGCUUAUCAAUCUUCCUGGUCCUCACCGGCCGCUCACCAGCUUUCAGUUUGCUACUCACAAUGCAGGGCACAGGUCCAGGUGAUCAUCAUGCCCACAUUAUUUGGGCAACCCCUUCAGAAGGGUCCUCCAGCCAAUCUGUCGCCACCACUUCGGAUUACUUCCGGCAGAUGCCUUUCAUCGCAGCUCAGCCAAACUCUUCAAGCUCAAGUAGUUCGCAGGACCUAGUGCUUUGGCAGCAACAGCAGCAACAGCAGCAACUGUACCAGCAGCAACAGCAGCUUGUGGACCGGAGGUAUGACUUCCGCCUGAAUUUCGGAAGUCCUGGAGGUCCUUGUCCUUCUCAGAUGGGCAUGGCACUGCAGAGCGGCUAUCCCGCUUUGUCGGCGGAUGCUCAGGUCGGGAAUGCCGCCCCAAGCAUGGCGCCGACUUCGCAGACUGCGUGCCAGGCUGCACCCAUUUCAAGUGCAGCAAAUGACACAUCGCCAGCCAGUGCCAAGGAACAGCAGCAAGGGCAAUGGAGCAAAGGCUCUGCUGGUCACGACAGAGGGGCCUGUCGGCCAUGCCACUAUUUUCAUUCUCGGACUGGCUGCGCAAAUGGCGAUCAGUGUUUGUUCUGCCACCUUAAACAUGCAAAAAGGUCGAGAAUGAGAAUCCCAAAGCACUACCGACAGCAAUGCCGGGCUUUGGCACAGUUAGUGUUUGACACGCAGGGGUGCGAAGAGGAGAUCAGAAGGGAGAUGGAGUUACAGCUUCUGAUUCAGACCAGCUUCGACCAUCGGCUAACAGCGUAUGCAACUUCUGUUUUGAAGAGUCUCCGCGGUGGCGCGGUGCUUCAGGACUUUCCGCAGGGUUUGGCAAAUAUGGUGGGAGAUGAGGCAAGCGAUUGUUGCUAGCAGACCACAGACAGGUCAAACCUGCAAUUGAAAUGGCUGAUGUUUGCAAGCAGAGCCGCUUCCUACCUGGAACUUUCAAGGAAUAAUCAUGCCAUGGCUUUCUGCAAGAUCAGGCAGGCAAGACUUUGCGUUUUCACGUGCACACAAAACACAAUGAAUGUUUUGUGAUGUUUGCCCCACGCAUGUGAGCUGAGAAACUGCAGUUGGUUCUUGAUUGAUCAAAUCCAUGGUUUUUUUUCCCUUCGCCGUCAGCUGGUGCUGGCCUGAUGCUGCCUAGUUCAAUCAACAAUGUACUGUAUGUACCAACAUUGUCGUACGUGAAUGUUGGCAAAGCCAACUUGACAAAUGACUAUGUUGCACACGACCACAGGUUGGUUGUUUGGUUGAAG